AACGCAGUGUCGUCUUUAGUUGUGGUGUUGUCGACGACGCAUCCCGUAAAGAAAUGGCCAUGUCGUUACCUCUGCGUUUUCAUUCACCCUUUCUCUCUCAAGCUAUGCAGUCUAUUGGGAUUGUGAGGAAUGUGCUAGGGAGUAUUAUAACAGGUGAAAAUUGGCACUUAGUAAGAAGAGGUGGAAGACUCGUAUCUCUUAAGGGUAGUGUGAAGUUUGUGCAAACAACUUGCCGAAUCUCUGUCCCGGGGAUAUUGCCAAGAAAUGAUGACAAAGGCCCAUCCCAUAUCUCGAGGGAUAAGAAGGCAGUUCCAGAUGCGGAUCCUCCCAGUAUCAAAGAUGUUAACCUUUUGUAUCAGUUUUUUGACCAAAGUACCAGGCUUAUGGUAUUGACUGGAGCUGGAAUUAGUACAGAGUGUGGUAUCCCGGACUAUAGAAGCCCCAAUGGAGCUUAUAGUUCUGGUUUCAAACCAAUAACUCAUCAGGAGUUUCUACGUUCAAUUCGAGCCCGGAGGCGAUAUUGGGCAAGGAGCUAUGCUGGGUGGAGGCGAUUUACAGCAGCACAACCUGGUGCUGCCCAUUGUGCUUUGGCAACUUUUGAGAAAGCUGGCCGAAUCAAUUUUAUGAUUACCCAGAAUGUUGACAGGCUGCAUCAUCGUGCCGGUAGCAACCCAUUAGAACUACAUGGGACUGUAUACACUGUAAUUUGUAUAGAUUGUGGAUAUUCCUUUUGCCGGAGCUUAUUUCAGGACCAGUUGAAGGCCCUUAAUCCAAAGUGGGCAGAAGCAAUUGAAAGUUUGGACCAUGGAAACCCUGGGUCGGAGAAGAGCUUUGGCAUGAAACAAAGACCUGAUGGUGAUAUUGAGAUUGAUGAAAGAUUUUGGGAGGAGGAUUUUAUCAUCCCAACCUGUCAGAAGUGCAAUGGAGUUCUCAAACCUGAUGUAGGCCAUCUUGCUUCUUUCAGUUGA